GAAUUUGUGGUGAAACUGGGCUGCGAAUUGCGGUCACAACAACAACAUGUGUUAAAUGUGUACCUUUACUCUUCUACCGUCAAGGAUACUCACCGUCCGGCAAUAUCAGUGAACGAGUGGUCGUCAAGAACAAGAGUGUGAUGCAUUAACUCAUCUAACCCGAAGUUUCAAACUGGCAGUACAAACUGGAUGGCUUGAAUAUCGAGAAAGAAAAGGUCUAUGUGCACGCGUUCUACUAACAACAAAGUGCAGCGUGCUUGCGUGGUGAAUAUAUUAUACAAAUCGUGUGGGCCUGCCGUGUGGUAAUCCACUGGUCAUUUCAAAUGUUUGAUCUAUCACUACAUUAAUUUUUAUACUGGAACGCCGAGAAGAAAUAAUAGCUAAUGAAAGCAACAAAUAAUCUUCCAGUUGUACGUGAAAAUCGCAGCAGUAUUGCUUCACCGCGUUCAGAUUUCUUUGCGUUUCUGAAGCUUCAGGAAAUUUCACUCAACUGACAGUUUUAUACUCACUGUUGCACGUACAUUUUCAAAACGGUUCUACUUCCGUAGUAAUCGAUAAUUGUUUCAAACAGAAUGAAUUUAGAAACAUAGGGUGAAUUACUAGUAUACGCACGUAUCAUAACAUUUUUCCUUUAUGACGUACUUGAUCAUCGACUCCAAUCGCUAUUCCAAAAUUCACAGCAUGCAGGCGUAAAAGAGAAAAUUACGAUAAACAAAAACGAGCUGUAGUGUUCCACAGUGCCCAAUUAGCUUCCUUGCAAAUCGUGAUAGGAGCUUUUCCGGAUAGCACAUCGAAGACGUCUUCCCAGCGCUCCACCACUUCAGCUACAGACUACCAGCAUGCCGAACGGAGAGUUGGGUAAAAUGACGCCGGACAUCACCGUAAUACACUGCGCGCCGGACCUCGCCAACGGAAAGAGACCGCCACCAGUCGGCGAGAAAACUCCUGUCGAACCGUGUUGCCUGGCCACUGUUAAGGGCGUGACGGCGGCGUUCCGGCGUCACCCCGAGACGGGCUCUGUGUUCGGCCAGCUGUCGGCGCGCCGCAUGCUGGUCGUGUUCUGCGCCGAGCUGCUGGGCACCGCGCUGCUCAUGUUCGUGGGCUGCAUGGGCGCCGUCUACGGACUCGACGGCACCUCGGAGAAGCCGUUCGGCCUGCAGGGCCCUCUCGUCUUCGGCAUGACCGUCGCCACAGUCAUACAGAUCGUGGGCCACAUAUCGGUGGCGCACCUGAACCCUUCGGUGACGCUGUGUGCGGUGCUGCGCGGCGACUUGAACGUGGCGGCCGCCCUUGUGUACCUGGUGGCUGAGGGCGUGGGCGCCGUGCUUGGAUUCGGCCUGCUCCUGGUGGCGACGCCGGCCAGCGUGGUGUGCGAGUGCACGACGGUCCCCGCGGCGCCGCUGACGCCGCUGCAGGCGCUGCUGGUGGAGGCCGUCGCCACGGCCGUGCUGGUGCUGCUCUGCAUGGGCCUCUGGGACGGCCGCAACAGCCGCAACACCGACUCCUCGCCGCUCAAGUUCGGCUUCUACAUCACCAUCAUCUCACUCGCUGCGGGCCCUUACACGGGAGCCAGCAUGAACCCAGUGAGGACACUGGCUCCAGCGCUCUGGAAGAACGUCUGGACGGACCACUGGAUCUACUGGGUGGGUCCCCUGUCGGGUUCGGCGGUGGCGACCCUGCUGUACCAGCUGGUGUUCGAGGAGCGGCCAUCCGAGGUGGCCUCCAAAAAUAGCGACAACAGCGUUGGCUGCUGCGCCGGAGGUAGCACAGACGCUGACGACUCUGUGGUGACUGAGAGCCACAGGUUCUAGCAGCGGACGCGCCUCUUCACUGUUCUCAGACCAGACUUGGGAGCAUCUGCGUUGGCUCCUCAGCGAUCACGAACUUUACAGAACCUGCAAGCCCUUAGUCUGUUCUUUCCUCACUGUGCAGGGGUCGAUGAGGACUGAAAAGCCAAGAACGUAACCUCUAGGAAAGCGAGAUCAUCGUACCUGAAAUCACAAAAGCCUUGUGAAAGACAGAAUUCAUAUACUGCAGAAACUCGUCGCAAAUGGAUACCUCAUGGCAAUGGAUCACUCAGACACUGCUUCCUCUCAGUGAUCAAUCCUGCCCUCACAAUGUGCCAAUGGCUGCUCUCUAAGCUCAACAGAGCUCUAAGAAUACAGGAAAUUAUUGAAAUGUUUUUAUUGCCUAUGCAUCUCAAAUCAUGCUUGACUUGUUAGUAUUAAGAGCUUCAAGGCUCAAGACCGAUAUCCACUGUGCCGUUAAUGUGAGAUACUAGAUAAAAUACUUGCAAAUAUUAGAUAAUUAAGGGUUGGCUUAUGUUUUUAGGGCUUUAAACUCAAUUUAAUUGUUUGAACUUAUUUACUUUUGUUUUCCAACGACGUACUCCGUAGUUGAGUGUGCACCGUUUUGAAAUUUCCUGGCAGAUUUAAACUGUGUACGAGAGUGAGACUCUAAACCGAAACCUUAUCUCUUGUGAGCAAUGCUGUUACUGACUGAACUAUACAGCCACUGCUCCAUCUCGUGAGUCAUAUCUGUAUAAUUUAGUCGGUGAAGGUAUUGCCAACUAAAGGCAAGUUUCCGGGCCCUACAUGUACUUCUACACCUUUACUCCGCAAACAAUCUUACAGUGUGUGACGAAGAGUAUUUUGUGUAUCUCAGUCAAUAUCCUCCUUUCUGUUACAGUCACGAAUGAUACGCGGGAAAAUCGGUUGUUGGUAAGCCUCCGUGUGCGUUCGGAUCUCUCUAAUUUUGCCUUCACGAUCAUUUCGCGAGUUAAAUCAGGUGGAAGCAAUAUGUUCAUUGACUGUUUUAGUUACGUAUGCUGUCGGAAUUUUAACAGUAAACCAUAUCUUGCUGCACACUGCCUCUCUUGUAACGUUUGUCGCUCAGUUGGAUGAGCGUCACCAUUCCUAAAUGUACGUUUAACGGCAAGUCGCUGCUCACCUUUGAGUUUUCUCUGUUUCCUCCAUCGAUUCUCCUAUCUGCCAAGAGUUAACAGACUGAGAAGCAAUAUUCAAGUAUCAGUCGAACUAGGGGUUCGUAAUCUGCCUCCUUUGUUGUAGACUACACUUCUUGAGAAUUCUUUCAAUGAAUCGAGACCUGGUCCGACACACAGUUUGAAUCUACCACGAAGCUUCGAAGUAGGAAUACUGUUUGAGCUCGAGUGUUUUAUUGACAUGGAUCAUUGAUGAUUUCCAUUGAGACUUCUAGUGUGAUUCAGUUGAUCACCUACUCUUUGUAGCAUUUACUGCAGCACGUAUCUACUCUACCUGAACGCCUCGCAAUGUAGUGCCUCAGUAUGCUUCGUACCUUACAUAUGUGUCAAGAGGCUGCAUACACCACAGUCUUUGUGUCACUUGUGUGACAUAAUCUUUCCUUUAUUAUUUUCUACGCCAGUGUUGCAGCAGUGUGACUUACAUGAGUGGCUUCACGCAUAUCAGUUAGGGGCAUAUCGCUCUUACGAUACGUUUCACAUGAAUUAUCUCCGCGAAGUAUAAAAAGACAAGGCCGUUCCUCCAGAGCCAAAAAAAUAUUGAGAAAACACAAAACAAAAACAGUUUUAACUGUGUGAAUUGGUUCUUGUUUUCAGUACGAAACUGUGAUUUAAGUAUCAAAUAUUAGAAUAUGUUUAGUAUAUUAACAAAAACAUAGAAAACAUUUACACCAAAUACAAAUAAUGUAUGGAAAGCAUUUCGCGGUACACAUUCAGUUCAGCUGUUAAUACAGUUCAUCUUACACCGAGGUCUCAACUUGUGGUGUGAUGAAGACUACAGUGUUGUCUGUCUGGACGGCUCCCUGACAGCGGUACGACGUUAAUCUUCAAUAAAAUCCUAUUGACUGUGUUACUUAUCAAGCUCUCUAUUUAUUACCAAAGCCAGUGAUAUAUACAAAAUUUUAAUGGCUCGCAUGACUGUUACUGGAAAGUGUGUCACCAAAAAUCGCGGUUGAAUCAGUGGAACAGAAUAACUUCAUCUUCGUCGUUUCCCAUGUCCGCGCUUCCUUUAAUUUAUCAUUUUUAAAGCAGUAGUUUCCGUCCAUUAUUUACGUCUUUUCGUACCAAAUGGUAUUGGUUGAUUUCCUUUCUUUUGCUGAAAUAUCAUUUCCCAUUUCUUGUUAGGGUUGUCUUUUUUCAAAUGUUUCCGAAGCUUAACUACUUUCUUUCUACACAUUUAUCACGAAAUCAAUUUGAAAACACACUACUUGUUACCAAAGAUCUCUCACUAAUGAAUAUAGCUUGCCAAGGAGUUUCAUUAAGUAUAUUUCAGCUCCUUUCAUGUCAUAGAGUCUCUGAUGAAAAGUGCUCUGACAAAUUUAAAAAACAAUUUCGCAGGAAUUAACAGCAGAUAUUUAAAUUUACUUCUAUUUUUUCCUGUAAAUAUUUUAAAAUUUCUCUACUCUAGUUUGUCUGUUGUCCACACUGCAUAUAAAAUCACUGCCAUUUUGAAAGUAUGAGAUGAGAUAUAAAACUUUAGAAAGAAGAUAAAAUUACAGUGACUGCUCCGAUUUUAAUGUGAGCUCCUGACUAAUCGCUAUACUUCAGUUAAAAAUCAUCAGACAUUGAUGUUAUGGUACAGGAUAUUCGAUAUUCGCUCAGCAGGAUCUUGAUAUUAAAUCUAAACAACGUUAGUAUGGGAUAUUAUUUAUUGUACUCAAGUUUAUGUUCACCAAAAUAGAGAAGCAUUUGAAUAUUUCAAGUUUUAAAGCACUUACAUUUUACAAAUGUAAAUUUAAUUUAUGGUGCUGGUUUUGUUUAUUUAUUUAUUGUGAGAUAUACUUCUAUUAAACUGUAGCAAUAGCUGUUUAUUGUACACAUUUGUUUUUUGUUUCCUAUUUAUCACGGGUAUGCACCUUUUGUUACCCUGUUAAGUAUAUUAGUAUAUCCUGAUGCUGUGAAC